AAGAAAAAAACCACUUCAUUGUUUCCAUAUAUUUCCCUCCUUCCUUCACUCCCACAUCAAACCAUUCAAACCAAGGACCACUCUUCCACUUUCAUAGUCCAAACCUUCCUCACUAUCAUUCACCCCCACUGAUUCUCAUUUCUCAGAGAACAAAAACCAAACAGUGGUGAUCAUGAAACACCAACUCUUCACCCUCCCACUUCUUGCUCUAAUGUUCUUUUUCCAUUCCACCACCACUCUAGCUGCAUCAUCCCCUGCACCAGCACCUUCAUCAUCCCCAACAGACAUCAUCAGAAUCCUCAAAAAAGCAGGAGGCUACACCACCCUGAUCCGUCUUCUUCAAACCACCCAAGUCGCUACCCAGAUCAACGCCCAGCUCAUCAACUCAAACGCUGGCUUAACCUUCUUCGCACCAAACGACAAUGCAUUUUCCAAUCUCAAACCUGGGUUCCUCAACUCCCUCAACGACCAACAGAAAAACGAGCUUAUCCAAUUUCACCUGCUACCCACUUUCGUUUCCAUGUCAAACUUCGAUACUCUGAGCAACCCAGUGAGAACCCAAGCCGGAGAAAACCCAGAUAGGUUGGCGCUGAAUGUUACCAGCUCAGGGAACACAGUGAACAUGACAACAGGGAUUGUUAAUGUCACCGUUGGUGGCUCUGUUUACUCUGAUAACCAGCUUGCGGUUUACCAAGUAGACAAGGUGCUUCUCCCUCGUGACUUCUUCGUUGCUAAGCCGCCGGCGCCGGCUCCGGCGCCGGAGAAGGCGAAGGCGUCGAAGAAGAAAUCUGCAGAUGACACUGAAGGUCCGGCAGGUGAUGACUCUGCUGCUGUGAGUGUGAAACAGAGGCUGGUGUGGGGUCCUCUUGCGGUUGCUAUGGUUGUGGUAGCUGCAUUUUCAUCAUGGUGACAGUGGAAGAUUGAAUGGUUUAAAGAUGGUGAAGAUACCAAGUGGGGUUGAAAAGUAUCCACAUUUUGCAGACUUAUAAUGCUUUUUCAAUGAUUUGUCCUUUUUAUUUUAUUUUUUCUCUUCUGUUACUUUUUUUUUUGUGUGAAGGAAGAAUCAAGUAAGUUUGUGGUGAAAAUAUCGGUCAAUUUGUGAAGAUGCAGUUGAAGAACUUUUAAUAGAAGAAUGAGAUUGAAGUUUUGUUUA